AUGGCACCUCGGUAUGCCGUGUCCGACUCGGACAACGAUUCCGACUCGAGCCAAUUAGCAGCACCUUCAAAGCCCUCCGAUGGAGCUCUCGAAAAAGCCCUACGCGACGCGGUCGCGAAGAUCUACCAGUCAGGGAAAAUGGAGGAAUUGACUGUCAAGCGAGUACGAUUGGCGGGAGAGAGAGCACUUGGAUUAGAGGAAGGGUUCUUCAAAGGGGAUAGCACAUGGAAAGCGAAGAGUGAUCAGAUUAUCAAGGACGAAGUGGAGGUGCAAGACAGGCUCGCACAGGAACCGGCGCAGGAGGAGGAAGUAGAAGUAGCUGAAGAAGAUAUUACCUUGUCUCCCCAAAAGACCUCGAAACCUACCAAACGCGCAAAACCUACAAGUACGCAUACGUCAAGGAAACGCAGGAAGACAGCAACGCUAGAGCCUAAGGUCUCAGAUGACGACGAAACCGGUGCGCUCAGCGCCAGCGAGAACGAUAUCAAGAACGCUACCGGAAGACAGUCAAAAACUGAAUCAGAACGGGCUGACUCGGCUAACGCAGCCAAGGAUGCCGCCGAUAUUGACAAUGUUGCUUCGGAGAGUGAAAUGUCGGUUGUCCUAGAUGAGGAACCCAAACCCAGCCGCAAACGAGGAAAAAGCUCAGAGAGCACAUCGGCGAAAGGCAAAAAGAAGGUCCCAGCCAAAUCAAAGGACGCGAAUCUUGAUCCCAACGAAGCCGAAAUCAAGCGUUUACAAGGGUGGCUAGUCAAAUGUGGUAUUCGCAAGGUGUGGUCUCGGGAGCUGGCUCCGUAUGAUACACCAAAAGCGAAGAUCAAGCAUCUCAAGGACAUGUUGAAGGAUGCAGGAAUGGAUGGGCGCUACUCACUAGAAAAGGCUAAACAGAUCAAAGAGAAACGAGAGUUUGAAGCCGACCUCGCCAUGAUCAAAGAGGGUGAAAAGCAUUGGGGCCGGGGGAGUGUGGAAGAGGAAAGUGACAACUCUCGACCUCGACGGAGACUCAAUCGGGGUCGACAGACUCUGGCUUUCCUAGAAAGCGAUGGGGAAGAGACCGAUUGA